GUAGGUUAGGCUACUAUAGCCACCUCCCUCCAGCUAUAAAAAAACAAUUCACAGAUAGUGUUUUUACAAGUACGAUUUCACGUAAAACGCGGAUGAAAUUAUGAAUCUGGGAUAUAAUAUUGUGUUCUUUAUAUCUGUUGCCAUACACGUCUCAGCUGAAGCUUCAUCAACAUGUGGUGUGCCGCCGUCCUAUCCACACACUAAAGUCGCGGAUAAAUACAUUCAACUAAACAAAUACAACCAUGGAGAAAAAGUCAUUUAUAGAUGCGCAGAGAGCUACACUGAGUCCAGAGGCAUUCGUUCCAUCAUGUGUGACAAUGGGAAAUGGACACGGUUAAAACUGAAGUGUGAAAAGAAAACGUGUGGAUCUGCCGGGGACUUAUUCAAUGGAUACUUUAAUUAUACAGGGUCUUUGUUUGGGGACAAGGCCUAUGCCGUUUGCAAUGAGGGGUUUACACUGAAGGGGAUGGAAUACAGAACAUGUAAGGACUCUGUCUGGACUGGAGAGAUUCCCACAUGUGAAGAGGGAAGGGAACCACAAAUAUCCCAAGCAGGAAUCACUUGCCCUUAUCCUUCAGUGGCUAACAGCAUGAAGCUGGGGGAGGCUGUCUCAGUGUACAGGGUCAGAGACUCUGUAACCAUUGUGUGUUCUGAGGGUUUCCUCCUGACUGGAGACGAGCAGAUCACUUGUGGACCAGACGGCCAGUGGCAGACCCAGCUCCCACAAUGUCUGCCUUCUGUCGAAGACAUCUCUUGCACUCCUCCCAAAACACAGGAAAGAAGUACAUUCACAGUAAUCAGUGGCCUUAAAGAAGUUUAUAGACCUCAAGACUCUUUAUCUUUUUCCUGCAUUAAUAAUUAUCAUUUAAAUGGUUCAAAAACUGUUACAUGUGGGCUUGAUGGAAAAUGGAAUCCUCCACUUCCCAAUUGCACACAGAUCAAGUGCCCUCCAUUAAAAGUAGAAAAUGGCAAGACAUCCACCAACCACAGAAGACCUGGAUCUGAGGUGAUCAUAACCUGCUAUAAAGGACACAUACCUAAAGGUGUGUCCCGCAUAGUCUGUUCACCAUUGGGGAGAUGGAUGGGGGAGAUUCCAUUGUGUGUGCCAGGCACAUGUGGCGUGCCACCGUUCUACCCCAACAGACAUCUUUCUCAAAGCUAUCUAACAAAGACAAACUUUAGUCUUGGUGACCGGGUCAGGUACAGUUGUGGCAUUGGAUACAUGAGAGUGAGAGGAACUGUCUAUAGUACCUGCGUCAGGGGAAAUUGGACGCCGUUAACUCUGAGAUGUGAACGCAAAUCGUGUGGAUCUGCUGGAGAGAUAGAUUUUGGUAAUUUCGUCUACACUGGUGUGGAGUUUGGAGACACAGCCACUGGGGUUUGUAAUGAAGGGUUUCAGCUGGUUGGACAGAAUGUAAGACAUUGCAUGAAUGAUGGCUGGGAUGGGCGUGUUCCUGUGUGUGAACCGGUUCAGUGUGUUGAUCCUCCUGAGGUCAUAAAUGGGGAGAUGGAUGGCAAUUUGGAACCACCUCACAUUUACAGAACUGUGAUUAAUUAUCGGUGUCGUAAAGGGAAACUGAUUGGAGCGAGUGAGAUCUACUGUACCAAAGAUGGAACAUGGAGUGCCCCACCUCCUGAGUGCAAAGACAUUAAAUGCCCAUAUCCCAGAGUACCAAAUGCUCGAAGAAUAGGAGGAAUAACGCAACCUCUUGUCUUGGGUGACACCUUGACAUUUGUCUGUUAUUCGGGCUUUGUCAUGGAAGGACCAGACACUGUCAAAUGUGGCCUGGAUGGGACAUGGAUGCCUGCCCUUCCGACAUGUAAUUAACUGGCAGUGACCUAAAACUGUCAAACACUUUACCAUCGUAAUUAAGCAUACUCAUUUCAUUUUACUCUAAUAUAAUUUCACCUGAUGACAGAUGAAAAUGCAGUCAUUGGGUAAAUGCUUCUGCAAGUAUCUGUGGAAUUUGGCUCACAUUCCUUGAGGGGCUUUGAGGUACAUGUUGCUUCAAUUAAAAAAUGUAUUCAAGCAGUCUCAAAGAAGGUUGUAUUUUUAAUAGUAAUAAAUAAUAAUAUAAUA